CUACUUCGUCCCCACGACAUGAGAUUCUUCUCUCUCUAGGUCCUCCUCUCUCUAUAUAAUCUGAAUCUUCUUCUCUUUCUUCUUUCACAAUCGCUCUACUUAUAAUAUAGCUUCUACUUCUGUUUCUUGAUUCCUCAAUCGUUUCCUAUGAUAAAAGAUCUUACAACCUAACUUUCUUUUUAUGGAUCCUUGAAUGAUGUAAUCUUUGCUUUCUCCCCAUCCUGACCCGGAUCCGUAACCAUCUCUCAGACCCGGUUUAUACCAUUCUUUAAAUUAAACCUCUUUCUCAUCUUAAUCCUACUGAGUUGACCUUCAUAUUCUUUUGGUCUCUGCUUCAAUUUUCUGUAGAUACUUGAAAGUCUCGAUCUUUUUUUAGUUCUUCUUCUUUGGCACUAACCAAUGGCUAGCAAGUCGAGCCAGAGAGUUCGGUUGGUGAAAUGUCCCAAGUGCUUAAAGAUUCUACAAGAAGAUGAAGAUGUUCCUGUUUAUCAAUGCGGUGGUUGCUCAGCCAUUCUUCAAGCUAAAAGAAGGACCAUUGUUCCAAACGUUACACCAAUUGUAAGAGAAACAGAGGGGGCUCAAGCCAGUGAGGCUUCAAACACUGCACCAAGUGCAAGAGAAACAGAGAGGGCUCAAGCCAGUGAGCCUCCAAACACCGUGGCAAGUGCAGGAGAAACAGAGGGGGCUCAAGCCAGCGAGCCUUCAAACACUGCACCAAGUGCAGGAGAAACAGACGGGGCUAAAGCCAGUGAGGCUCCAACCACUGUAACAAGUGCAGGAGAAACAGACGAGGCUAAAGCCAGUGAGUCUCCAAACACUGCAACAAGUGCAAGAGAAGUAGAGAGGGCUCAAGCCAGUGAGUCUCCAAACACUGCACCAAGUGCAGAAGAAACAGAGAGGGCUCAAGCCAGUGAGCAUUCAAACACUGCAACAAGUGCAGGAGAAACAGACGGGGCUCAAGCCAGCGAGCCUCCAAACACUGCACCAAGUGCAGGAGAAACAGAGGGGGCUCAAGCCAGUGAGCCACCAAGCGAGCCUGAAACCAACAAUGUGUCCAGCAGCUCAGAGCAGGACAUGGUUCUUCCGUCACCCACAGGUCCUUCCUCGGGCCAAGAAGAUGAGAAGGAUCAGGAUGGAUCCAUGGAGGCCACUCUGAAGCAGAUUGAUGGCUUAGAGUUAUCUGAAAGAGAGGAGAGGAACGAAAUCCAACUGCACGAACGUUCACUUAGUGAUUCUGACAAGAAUGAAGGAGAAGACAACUCCAGCAUAUUGAUGUCUGAUAUGAAAUCUGUGGAGGAAGCUACACGACCGGGGACUAGCUCAGGAAGCUUGAAUGCUGAUCAUGUGGCUGAUGCAAGAGCUAGCAAUUCCUCCAGUGAUGCUUACCACAACCUCGAAGCUGAAAUCUCUCCUGAUGCUUCUCCGGUUGAAGAGGAGCAAAACCAAGAAGGUUACAUUUUUCACCCCCACAGGGAGUCAACAGAUGAUCUUCCUGCAAACAAGACUUCGUCUGCAUAUGAUGGGAGUAAGUCUUCGUCUGACGAAAGAGAAGACCAAGAUGAAAACCAACAAUGGAAUGCUUUUCAGAAAAUAAGAUCAGACAAAUUUGAUAUGCAGAGAUACCCUCAAAAUUUCAAGGAGCAAGGAGGUAGUUCCUCAUCCACUUUCUCUGAGAAGAGGCCCAGUGGGACAACCACAUACAGGUCUCAGCAACUUGAGGGGCCAGGAGGGCGUCUUGCAAGACAAGGGAGGAGACAUGUCUCAGAACAACUUCGGCCUGACGUGCCUUUAUAUCCGAGAGAUCAAUUCACACGUGUCAGCCCUUCAUAUCCUCCAUCACAAGAUGUGUUUGAUAGCUAUUCUCGUUUACACUCGCUUCAAAUGCCUCCAUACGCUGGAGGCAUGGACUACGAGAGUGUUGACCAUAUGUAUCACAACAACAUAAGGGCAAGAGAUAGAGGCCAAGGGAGUAGGCUUUCAGGAGAGAUGACGAAUGACACAAGAAACCAUCCUGGUUGGUAUUCAAGUCAGAUGUAUAGUUCUUACAGUUCAUAUUCUGCAAGUCCACAGAGACUAAUGGAACAACCUGAGUAUUAUCCGAGAUGGAGCCAUGAGAUAGUCUCUGAUGCGGAGGAUCAUCCGCGUAAUAGACAUGCUGACUUACAGGCCCGUCGGAGACAACCUGUGGCCAAGCGUCAUAUCCGUCCAACAGCCGGUGGGGCCCCUUUCGUUAGCUGUUACCGUUGCUCACAAAACCUACAGCUUCCUGUAGACUUUCUCAUUUUCAAGAGGAAGUAUCAUCUUCUCAAAUGCGGGACUUGCACCACUGUUCUCAGAUUCUCACUUCAAUCCAGAACUCAUUUAGUCCCUGCAGUAACACAUGACAUAAACGCUAACAGGAGUAGCAAUUCAACAUCAGAGUCUCCCAGAGACAGAGCUCCUUCCAAACCCGAAAAGCCGAGCUCCUCUGCUGCUCAGGAGGAGGAAGAGGAGGUACCUGUGGCUAGAGGCUCUCCGCUUCAUAGGCUAAUGGGAUAUUCUACUGUAAGCCAAGUCUUUAAAGCUUCUCAACGUCCUCCUUCUGUGUAG